CCGCUGCGCGUGGCGCGUGAGAGUUUAUGGAAUUUGUGUACAGGUAGGAGUCGCUGGUAUAUAGGAGAGAGGCAGAUGCCUGCUUCGUUUUCAUUUCCAAUACUCUGCUGCGGGAGGCCAUCUCAGUUCGUUUUCUAGACAUGGCGGGGAAAGAUGAGGCGAUGGAGGCUCUCAAGCGGGAAGCUGUUGAUUUGGAGAACAUACCGAUCGAAGAAGUGCUUGAAAAUCUCAGGUGCACGAGACAGGGGCUUUCGUCUGAGGAUGCCAACAGAAGACUGGAAAUUUUUGGUCCUAACAAGCUCGAGGAAAAAGAGGAGAGUAAAGUUCUGAAGUUCUUAGGGUUUAUGUGGAAUCCGCUGUCGUGGGUGAUGGAAGCUGCGGCUAUAAUGGCCAUAGCUCUCGCCAAUGGAGGAGGGAAACCGCCAGAUUGGCAGGAUUUUGUUGGGAUCAUCACUCUUCUAGUAAUAAACUCAACCAUAAGUUUCAUAGAGGAGAAUAAUGCUGGAAAUGCUGCUGCUGCUCUCAUGGCCCGCCUUGCACCCAAAGCCAAGGUUCUUCGAGAUGGCCGCUGGCAGGAGGAGGAUGCAGCUGUUCUUGUUCCUGGCGACAUCAUUAGUAUAAAGUUGGGUGAUAUUAUUCCAGCUGAUGCUCGUCUGCUCGAGGGCGAUCCAUUAAAGAUAGACCAGUCCGCUCUGACAGGGGAAUCCCUUCCCGUUACGAAAGGCCCCGGUGAUGGAGUGUACUCAGGCUCGACUGUCAAACAAGGGGAGAUUGAAGCAUUGGUCAUUGCAACUGGUGUUCAUACUUUCUUUGGCAAGGCUGCCCACUUAGUUGACUCCACUAAUCAAGUGGGACAUUUUCAAAAGGUGAGGUCUAAAUGUAAUAAAUACACAUAUUUGUGUUAUAAAUUACAAAGUUAUUAUGUUUCUUUCUUGAUCAUUUUAAUUCUGCAAUUGGUUUUUGAAAUACCAUGUUGUUCUCUCAUUAACUACUUUGGGAUGGCUUUAAAGGUCUUGACUGCGAUUGGGAAUUUCUGCAUAUGCUCUAUUGCUGUGGGAAUGGUGGUUGAGAUAAUUGUGAUGUACCCUAUUCAGCACCGUGCUUAUCGUCCAGGAAUUGAUAAUUUGCUUGUGCUUCUCAUUGGAGGAAUUCCUAUUGCAAUGCCAACAGUAUUGUCUGUUACAAUGGCAAUUGGUUCCCACCGUCUGGCUCAACAGGGGGCGAUCACUAAAAGAAUGACUGCCAUAGAAGAAAUGGCUGGCAUGGAUGUGCUGUGCAGUGAUAAAACUGGAACUUUGACAUUGAACAAACUAAGUGUUGACAAAAAUAUUAUUGAGGUCUUUGCCAAAGGAGUCGAUCCAGAUACUGUUGUUUUAAUGGCUGCAAGGGCUUCUCGGUUGGAAAAUCAAGAUGCCAUUGAUGCAGCAAUAGUGGGGAUGCUUGCUGACCCCAAGGAGGCUAGGGCUGGAAUUCAAGAAGUUCAUUUCUUGCCAUUCAAUCCAACUGAUAAGCGCACAGCUUUAACAUACAUAGACAAUGAUGGUAAAAUGCACCGAGUCAGCAAGGGAGCCCCUGAACAGAUAUUAAAUCUUGCAUACAACAGAUCUGAAAUAGAGCGUAGAGUUCAUUCUAUCAUUGAUAAAUUUGCUGAACGUGGAUUACGAUCACUUGGAGUUGCAUACCAGGAGGUUCCAGACGGAAGGAAGGAGAGUGCAGGAGGUCCUUGGAAAUUUAUAGGACUCAUGCCUCUAUUUGAUCCUCCAAGGCAUGAUAGUGCUGAGACCAUUAGGAGGGCCCUGAAUCUUGGUGUAAAUGUUAAAAUGAUAACUGGUGAUCAGCUGGCAAUAGGAAAGGAAACAGGUCGUCGCCUGGGAAUGGGAACAAACAUGUAUCCAUCAUCUUCUCUAUUAGGACAUGACAAAGAUGAGUCUAUUGCUGCUUUGCCUGUUGAUGAGUUGAUUGAAAAGGCUGAUGGAUUUGCUGGCGUAUUUCCUGAGCACAAGUAUGAGAUUGUCAAGCGUUUGCAAGCACGAAAACAUAUAUGUGGGAUGACUGGUGAUGGUGUAAAUGAUGCCCCUGCACUCAAGAAGGCAGAUAUUGGUAUAGCUGUUGCGGAUGCAACUGAUGCUGCUCGAAGUGCAUCUGACAUUGUACUCACUGAACCUGGUCUAAGUGUAAUCAUCAGUGCUGUUCUAACCAGUCGAGCAAUAUUUCAAAGGAUGAAAAAUUACACCAUAUAUGCUGUUUCGAUAACAAUUCGUAUAGUGCUUGGGUUUUUGUUGCUUGCUCUCAUAUGGAAAUUCGACUUUCCACCAUUUAUGGUUCUGAUUAUUGCUAUCCUAAAUGAUGGUACCAUCAUGACAAUAUCGAAGGAUAGAGUGAAGCCAUCUCCUUUACCGGAUAGCUGGAAGUUAGCUGAGAUUUUCGCAACAGGAAUUAUCCUUGGUGCCUACUUAGCAAUGAUGACGGUCAUUUUCUUCUGGGCUGCAUAUGAUACGGAUUUCUUCACUAAGACAUUUGGGGUUAAGUCUCUUGAGAGAGGAGUCAACCCCAACAACACCAAGAUGCUUGCCUCUGCAAUAUACUUGCAAGUGAGUAUUAUAAGCCAGGCCUUAAUUUUUGUGACGAGGUCUAGAAGUUGGUCAUUUGUCGAGCGGCCCGGAAUUCUGCUGGGAGUGGCGUUUCUUGUUGCUCAGCUCAUCGCUACGCUGAUAGCAGUCUAUGCAAACUGGAAUUUUGCGGCAAUAGAGGGAAUUGGUUGGGGUUGGGCAGGCAUUAUAUGGCUCUACAACAUCAUAUUCUAUUUCCCACUCGAUCUCAUCAAAUUCUUCAUCAGAUAUGCACUGAGUGGAAGGGCUUGGGAACUUGUUUUCGAGCAAAGGAUUGCCUUUACAAGAAAGAAGGAUUUUGGUAAGGAGGAUCGUGAAAUUAAGUGGGUACAAGCACAAAGGACUCUUCAUGGGCUUCAUCCCCCUCAGACGCAAUACGGCGAGCGCACUACUCACAAUGAUCUCAACCAAAUAGCCGAAGAGGCAAGGAGGCGUGCCGAGAUGGCAAGGUUGAGAGAGCUGCACACACUGAAAGGCCACGUUGAAUCUGUGAUCAAGAUGAAGAAUCUGGACAUAGACACGAUCCAGCAAUCAUACACAGUCUAAGUUUGUAUCCAUCCAAUGCUCUUAUGUGUGACGAUGAUUGUGCUGCAUCAUAUAAGCUCCGGCCUGUUGGCUGUUGAUCAUACGCCCCCUCAAUGCCCCUUUGUAAUAUCAAAAUUUUGGGAUCAUAUAUGUCUAUUAUGAAUACCUGAUACUCAUACUUGUUGCUUGCAAUAUAUACACCCUUUUUUUUUUUAA